UUUCCUCUGUUCCAACAAUCGGAAGGUUACCUACACUCUGUCAUCGAACAUUAUAGAAGUACACAGGCGUUGCUGCUACGAAUGCAAAUUAACUUCAAUUGUUUCACUCGCCAAAAGGAUAGCCUGCGCUCACGCAGUCUCUUUUCUUCUGAAUAGGACACUCAACAAUGAAGACGAAGUACCCAUGAGUUUUUUUCUCUGACUGGACUGACACAAUAGGCUACAACACUCAAUUAAGCGCGCCACCGCUGGUUUUAGUGGAACUUUGACGUUUCGAAACGACUUGGAGAAGAUUAUAUCACGGAAAAAGGACGUUUAGGAGCAGAGCUAAAUGCUGCGGUUUGCGGUGCGCCUGACGUUUAGCUUACUUGUAACAGACACUAUUGCAUUUGUGAUCGAGUUGCAAUGUUAACAUUUUACCACCGUUUGUUUUGGUGAGAUCUCACCAGAAGGAGAAGGACUUUUCGCUUCGCUGAGCGGAGGACAGUGUUUACAGAUUUGCACAGUCGAAGCUUGAGUCACUCCGGCACACGCUGUGGAACCUGAUCCGGUAGCCUAGUCCGCAUCAGGAAGAGCGGGCGUUUUUCUUUGCCUUCUUCAUGUGUUCAGACAAACCGGCACAUUCUUAAACAGGCAACUCACCAGCUGGGAAAGAAGACGUGUGUUUAAGGCUAGACAUUUAGCAAGAGCUACGUGUGUUACCGAAGACAUCUCCCGUGCUACAUUGUUUAACUUCCUAGAAGCCCUCAUCUGGACAUGCCACACGUAUAAUAUUUUAUCUUUCGUUGCUCUGGUAUUUACUUGCAAAUUUGCCUAGGAGAGUAAAUUCGGAUUAGCUCACUAGGCCCUGUUACAUUGUGGAAUUAACUAGAGGAAAGUACUCAGAGGAAUAAAGCGCGUGGGAGGCUAAAGGAUCUCGAAUUGGACACCAGGAACUUUUCUCCUUUUGAUAAGGGCGAACCUUAACGAUUUCGGGUGCGCUGCGUUUGGCCGACCAUAACAAUCGUUUAGUUCGGCCAUUAUAACAUUCGGAGUUGGUAAUGGAAUUGACUACAUUUAAUGAAGUUAAACAUAAUUUUGCCAAAUUUGUUUAAACACACCAUUUGUUCUCAGUGAAAGCUAAUGCUCUCAAGACUGCGGAGAAACCGCCAUUCCAUUCAUUCUGUCGGAAGGCUGUCGAAGUGACCACCACUCCUUCCAUAUUUUACUGGAUAUAUUUGGAUAACUACGAUGUCAGUAGCACGAUCUUGUAGAGGAACUGUGCUGCUUUGGCUCAUGUUCAUUUCAGACGUUGCAGGUAAAGUGUCCCCAACCAGCUCCGAUGUCUUUCUCAGUGUGCCCUCUGCCGGUGCCACUCUCAGUCCCCCUGAGGUGUACCUCCCUGCCAGCUUCAAGCUCUCCAAUGCCCAGCUGGCCUUCUUCCUCCAGGAGACCCGCUCCUCCUCCUCGUCUGCGGCCACAGGACGACAGGGCGGCCACCCGCUGCAGAGGUCAGAGAGCUUUGUGGUUUUCCAAACCAAGGAGCUACCGGCGGUCAACAUCAGCCUGGGUCCAUUUGUGCGUGACCAGGUAGUGUCCAAAGACCUCCUGCAGCCCUCCAGCCCCCUGGAUGUCCCUGGCCGACUGACAGUCAACUGGAAAGUGAGGGCGUUCAUCGUCCAGUCACGGGUGUUCGCCAGCAACCCGGUGGUUCAGGUGUUCUUCUACAUCGCCGGACGGGACUGGGAUGACUUCAAGGCGCAGGACAGCCUGCCCUGUGUGCGGCUCCACGCCUUCAGGGACGUCCGGGAGAUCAAGACCUCAUGCCGUCUGCAGGGGAACCUGGCCCAGUGCUUGGCCCAGCUUGAGCUCCCCAUCACCUGGUUCAAUGCCAACGUGGCUCCCCUGGGCCGCCGGAAAGGCUCGAGCGCCGACAGCCUGGAGCUGAGCAGCGGCAGCGAGAGCUUCCAGGUGGAGCUCUACUACACUUUACAUGACCCGGAUGGCAGCGGGGAGUGCGGCGAGAGCUUCCCCCGUCGAGGAGGAGGAGGAGGAGGUGGAGGCGGCAGAGGUGAGGCCUCUUCCCAACAGCCUCUCCUCCGCAUCGGAAGCAUCAGCCUGUACCAACCCAGCCAGGAGGUGCUGGUGGUGGACAAGCAGCUGGACAAGAACAUCUUCCUGCGUCUACCAGAGAAGCCUCUCAAGCCGGGCGAGACCUUGACCAUCAGCCUCUUCUUAGUACCAAACUCCACCGUCGAGCAGUUCUCUCUCAAGGUGAAGGCAAAAAAGGGGGUGAACCUCCUGAGUACAGAGUCCAAGAGCCCUGUAUGGAAGGUGGAGUGGGAGAGGCAGUCUGGAGCCAAGCACUCCAUAGCAACAGUGACCGUCAGCAAAAACAGAGAAGUCCAGCCUGGGGAGAUAAUGGGCAACAUCGAAAUCAUGCAGCUGGACUUCGAGAUGGAGAACUUCACGAGCCAGUCUGUGACCAGGAGGAUCAACUGGAACAUCGACUAUCAGGGCCAGAACCCGCCGCCCGACUCUGAAAAGGUGGUGACCGAACUCACAGUCGUUCAGAGGGACAUCCAAGCCAUAAUCCCUCUUUCUAUGGACACCGAGAUCAUCAACACUGCUGUUCUGACUGGGCGAACUGUGGCCAUUCCCGUGAAGGUGGUUUCCGUAGAAAUGAGCGGGAUUGUCAUGGAUGUGUCCUCUGCUGUCCAGUGCAAGUCCUCUAAUGAAGACAUUGUCAAGGUCUCGGACAGCUGUGACUAUGUGUAUGUGAGCGGAAAGGAGACGCGUGGCUCCAUGAACGCCAGGGUGAUGUUCACCUACGAGCAUCUGAGCGGCCCGCUGGAGCUGACCGUGUGGGUGCCCAAGCUGCCCCUCAAUGUGGAGCUCUCCGACAGUCGACUGAGCUUCAUCAAGGGCUGGAGAGUCCCCAUCCUACCAGACAGAAGAUCUGCCCGUGACAGUGAGGAUGACGACGACGAUGACCGCAAGGUGAGCCGCGGCUGUGCCCUGCAGUACCAGCGUGCCCAGGUCAAGGUGCUGACGCAGUUCCACACCACCUCCACGGAGGGCACCAACCAGGUCAUCACCAUGCUGGGCCCGGACUGGCAGGUGGACGUCACCGACCUGGUGCAGGACUCGCUCAAGGUGGUGGACGCGCGGGUGGCCGAGCUGGUGGACCGCACGGUGCUGGUGGGCCUGGAGCUUGGCUCCUCCUCGCUGAAGGUGGAAUCCCCUACCGCUGUGGAGGCGGUGCUGGGAGAGGCUCCAUUCUCAGUCACUGAUGAGAAAGUCUCUGUCCUGGAGCUGCGAGCUCAUGCCAUCUCUGGCCUGUCGCUGUCACUGCAGCCUAGUCCUGGCAACAGCCACACAAUGGUCGCUAAGGCAACGGGGCUGCAGACUCUCACCACCCCCAAGCAGGAAGCCAGCUUGUCGGUGUGGGUUUACUACAGCGACAGCACGGUGGCCCCACUGAGUCUCUACGAUCCCAAAGACUACAACCUGAACGCCACCACCUUCGACGACAAGGUGGCCUCCGUGACCCAGCAGUACCAGCGCUGGCCCGUGGUCACGGCCGAGGGCGAGGGCUCCGGCGACCUUGUGCGCGUGGAGAUGACCAUAUGCGAGGCGUGCCAGAAGACCAAACGCAAGAGCGUCAUUGGCGCGUCGUCCGUGUACGUCAAGGUCCGCUUCGGACCAGAGGAAGAUUCCGAGGAGGAGGAGAGCGAGCCUGAGACCAGGGAGCCCUCCAAUACGAGGCAGCCUAUCAUUGACACCAACGUUGGCGGGGGAGGGUAUGUGCCAUCCGAUGAGCAGCCUGCAAGCGUUCCUAUCGACUACACUAACUUCCCGACCACUGGUAACCAGGAGCCCCCAACUGAGGAAGAUGAAGAGGACGAGGAUGACGAUGACUAUCCUCCCUUGCCCCGCAGCAUGACCGACCUUGAGAUUGGCAUGUACGCCCUCCUCGGCGUCUUCUGCCUGGCCAUCCUGGUGUUCCUCAUCAACUGCAUCGUCUUCGUCCUCAAGUACCGGCACAAGCGCAUCCCGCCUGAGGGCCAGGCCAACAUGGACCACUCGCACCACUGGGUGUUCCUGGGCAACGGGCAGCCCCUGCGUGCCCAGAGUGACCUGUCGCCGCAGCAGGUGGAGAGCCCCAGCAACCCGCUGGAGGGCGUGCAGACGUGCUGCCAUGGCGACCACCACAGCAGCGGCAGCUCACAGACCAGCGUGCAGAGCCAGGUGCACGGACGCGGCGACGGCAGCUCGGGCGGCUCCACCAAGGAGCACGCUGAGGAUGGCAGCUCACCCACGUCCAAGCGCAAGCGGGUCAAGUUCACCACGUUCACCACACUGCCCACCGAGGACAUGCCCUACAACUCCAUCCCCAUCGCCGACGAGGAGGACAUCCAGUGGGUCUGCCAAGACAUGGGCUUUCAAGAUCCCGAGGAGCUGCGCGACUACAUGCGCAGGAUAAAAGACAUAGCCUAGUGUGUGGCGCCGCACUGUAGGGCUUUAUAGAGCUUUCUAAAGACUUUCCUUUAUAUUUUUUGCUUUUCUUUUUCACUUUAAUGGAGGUAUUUUUUCAAACUUACAAAAGGCCAACUACAGUGUUUUUGUUUUUGUUGGGUUUUUCUUUUGCACAGUGCUGUUACCCAUACACAUUCACACUUUAACCAACAGUGGCAAAAACAACAGCAACAGCAACAGAUGGAUAAAUGGAAAGCCAAAGACUGGACUAGAGGUUCUCAAUCACUAGCAAAAUGGCUUCAUAUGUCGGGUCGCUUCCCCAAGAUAGCGGAGUACAAUCUCAAAGGGAAAGGAAUGUUUCUGAGAUGAGCACGUGUAGCAGAAUGGAACUCCUAAAUGCUCCGUCACUCCUCGCUUGGGCGGGAGCUUCCUGAGACGAGGACCUAAUCAAUAUAAGAGUGGAAUGCGUUAAGUCUUGGCUGAGUUUUCCUAAGUUUGUCAAAAAAACAACUAUUUUACUCCAACUAAGAGGCCUUUGAUGUGCAGAGUUCAUUUAAAGUGAGGGUUUGAAGAGGACUGAUGUGUGUCAUCUCAGCAACUGAUUCUCAAGUAGAGUUCUUGUCAUGGAUAUGUAAUGGAUCUUAUUUGAUUUCAUUUUAUUUUAUUUGGGAAAUAUCUGGAUUUAUGACUCUUCUAUUCAUUCUUGUUACAACACAUGCUUUGAUUCAGUUCCAUAUGUUCACUACAUUUCAUACUCCAAAAAAAUCAUAGCUGGUUUCUUUACCACCCUCUCAGUUCAGUCAGAUGCCUUAUUAAACAGAUUCCGCCAGUCACUAUUAACUUGAGUGACACACUGUUUUUUCCACAUUGGUCACAGCCAACGUUGGAAGUUAUUACCGUAAAAAAUCAAAACAAACAAAACGCCAUGAAUUACAUCUGGGGUCAAACAAGAGCUUUUACAUUGUGACCAUGAAAUGAUCCUCUCCGACAUUCUUUGCAUGAAAAAGGAGGCACAAUCAGCAAAAUUUUUCUUUUUACCAAAUUUGUAAAUGUUUGUAUUGUAGCAAAAAUUAUCUAACCAUACAUAAACAAUACUAAAGGACAUAACUGUAUGUUAUCAUGCAUUGCAUGCAUGCAGUGCCGAGUCUGCCCUCCAUCCAGCCUUCCCCCAUGUGUACAGUAGAUAGACACCACGGCCAGCUGAAGAGUCCAUGCUGGGGCAGCGAGCCCUGACAACUGGGGAAGCAGGAAGGAGGAUUUUCUGACUCAACGCUUUAAUAUUGGGUCUUUUUAUAGGGUUUUUUUUUUUUUUUUGACCCACUCUCAUUAAUUGUAAAGUUUAAAACCCCAGUUUUUUAAAAAGAGGGCAAAAUAAAAUGAAAAGAAUUGACUAAUUAGAAAAAGAAAAAGCGAACAUCAAAGGGGCCAUGAUCUGAAACCUCGUCCACAUUUAUAUGGGAUCGUGCCACUCCCAGUUGGCACUUGCGAAAUCAUGCAUCAGUUUUGAGUUACACUGGUCCCAUUCACUCUGUCUGGCAAUGGUUCAAUGCAGUGCUAUGUGACGGGUACAUAGAUCCAGGAAUGUUUUAAUGUGGUUGUUAUGUGGUUGUUAGCCCCAUAUUUCACACUAGUAAAUGCCUGUAUGAUUGGCUGGUGGCGGUGCCACGUUAAGGCAGUAACUAGCAGAGAUAAGUUAGUUGUAGAUCUUUCUAGACUUGUAGAACUAGGAGCUCACACUAAGAUCAGUCCACUGAGGGAUGUGAUAACAUUUACUAGUGUAGAAAUGUUGAAGGUCACAAUCUGAAAGUUUUGAGUUUGGUUCUGUAGUGGCUAUGGAGGGAAUCCCCAGGGCAGGCUUAUGCUCAUGGGUUCCCUUACUAAGUGAGGGUUGGUUUCAUUUGUUAAAGUAAGAGUAAUGUUUUUGUCACACUUCAUUUGUUUGCAAAGUCACACGUAGAGUGUUUCUCCUUCAUCACAUAUAUAAUCAGGAAGAGGUCCUGCCUUUGCCGACACACACUGUCCUGGACCUCAAGCACGAUUUAAGUACCUCUUGCACCUCUACCCUGUUGACAUGUUUAUCCCCUGGCACUCCUGGCACUCAGUACUGAUUCCUAUGCCUUAUUUAAUUUCCCAACACCUCCCCUGUGUGUGUGUCCAAGGGCUUGUAUUGGCCCAGCUGUGGCGAUGUAAGAAACCUUUUUAAUCAUCAGCUUAUGUUGAAGUGUUUUUUGUGAUUGGAUUCACGACAAAAGGCAAGCCCUUCGUACAAGUAAUUUGUAGGCUGGAUAUCACAACAUAAAUCGAGAGUUGCUAACAAAAAAAGACAUUUAUUUUAGACCCAAAUUUCUCACAUUUUCAGUGAUGGUGUCUCAGGAUGAAUGUAUAACUCUCAACUGUACUUUGACCAUCAACUGAAUAUUUUGAUCAUGCGUGUUUCUGUGGUUAGUUUCUACUAGCAGCUCUUCCACUCAUCGCCCCCUCUCCCCCAGCUUAGCCAUGUUGAUGCUGUACCACAUAAUGUUACCACCAUGUUUUAUUCCAUCUUGAUUGUUUUAUAUUUUUCUUUAUGUAUAUAUGUAUAUGCAUACCAUUUUGUAAUGUGUGACUUUGGUGAACAUGCAUUUAUGAUUUGAUUUGAUCUGAUUUGAUUUGAUUUGAUUUGAUUUCUUGUGUUAGUAAUUUGCGAGCUGCUACUAGGGACUUGACCUGGCCAGAUUCUGUGGUUGAAUCGUUUGAGCUGCACCCUUCGGGGGGCCUGCGUCUGCACGGUCUGAGCGGCUCUCUCCUGCUGUGACACUGGUCAUGUACAGAACACUGUUGAACUUAUUGUAUUCUCCUCAAAAAAAUCAACCCUUGUAUUUCCCCUUCUAUGUAAUUACUAAAGAAAAUACAAUGCAUAAACUUU